AUGAUUGCCAAGGCUGCGCAGCUUCUCGGAGUCGUUAUAUCGUUUCUCGUCCUUGCUGUGGGGAUCGUAACUCUACGAUGCUACUCAUGCUACGUGGCUGCAACCACUGCGGUCAAAUUCGCCGUGGGGCUAUUUCUCUUACGGUUCUGCAUUGAGCGGUAUCAUAGAUGGAUCAUUUAUGGCAUUUUCGCGCUUUUAACCUGUCUAACUAUUUUCAUCUUUGUCUUCAUUCUCGUCCAGUGUCAACCGCCGUCUUGGUUCUGGAAUCAAGCAAUCAACCAUGGUGGCAGUUGCAACGGAAUGGGCCUCAUCAAGGCUGCGUACGUGCAUUCGGCCAUUACCGCGUUUAGCGAUACGACCCUUGGAUUGCUGCCCAUCCUCCUCGUUCGUAGCCUACACUUACCCUGUUACGUCAAAUCCUACGUGGCGGUCAUUCUUGCACUUGGCUCAUGUGCCUGCUUUGCCACAAUAGCGAGGAUCUGCUACGUUCACGACCUCACUGAUCCGAAGAAUCUUUUCUACCAUACCGGUAUCAUAUGCUGGUCUUAUAUUGAAGUCGGCGUCGCACUGAUUGCCUCGUCUGCCGCGACCCUGCGGCCACUUCUAGACCAGGUCGAAUGCUGCGUGCCUCGAUGGCGACGGUUGAAAUCCCAUCAGUCCACCUUCGAUACUUCGAACCACCAUGAUACGUCCUCGGCAACCUUUGAGGAAGCGCUCCAACGAGAGAACAUGGGUAUGAGUCUUGCCCCUAUAACCCCUAUGUCUUCCAUAUCACACGUAUAA